UGCAAAUAUUACCACGUGCUCCUUUUACAGUAGCAGGAACCUGUGCCUGUUGAUGUGAGCAGAUGCCAGCCAGCCACCUGUGUGCAAAGCAGCGACGUGGUUCUGUGUCCUCCAGGUGACGCCCUGGGAAAGGUCACAGCUGCCUAAACCUUUAAAACCCCAGGCAGGACAAGCAUUCCCUGUGCAGGGAUCCGGAGUGCAGCAGCUCUGCCUGGGCCUUUCAGCUGUGUUCUUAAUAGAAUUCUCUUCAUAAAUUACUUUUCCUUCUUAAAGCAGCAAAAGGAGAAAACUGAUAUCAGAGAAUAUCAAUUCCUGAUUCUUGGAAGAAUUCCCGUCGUCUGUGGAAGUUGCGUUUCAGAAUGAAGAGUGCCAGGCUGAUGGGGGGCCUGCUCACCCUGGCUGGCCUGCUGCAGGUGGCCCUGUCCCUGAAAAUAGCAGCCUUCAACAUCCAGACUUUUGGGGAAAACAAGAUGUCCAAUGCCACCCUCUCCAACUACAUCGUGCAGAUCCUGAAUCGCUAUGACAUCGCCCUCAUCCAGGAGGUCAGAGACAGCUACUUGACAGCCGUGGGGAAGCUGCUGGACAUACUCAAUCAGGAUGAGCCAAACACUUAUCACUUUGUGGUCAGUGAGCCACUGGGACGCAGCAGCUACAAGGAGCGCUACCUCUUCGUAUUCAGACCUGACCAGCUGUCCCUGCUGGACAGCUACCAGUACGACGACGGUUGCGAGCCCUGCGGGAACGACACCUUCAGCCGAGAGCCAGCCAUUGUCAAGUUCUUCUCCCCGUUCACCCAGGUCAAGGAGUUUGCCAUUGUUCCCCUGCACGCUGCCCCAUCGGAUGCAGUGGCUGAGAUUGACUCUCUCUAUGAUGUCUACCUGGACGUCCAGCAGAAGUGGAACAUGGAGGACAUCAUGUUGAUGGGCGAUUUCAACGCUGGCUGCAGCUAUGUGACCCCUUCGCAAUGGCCAUCAAUCCGCCUGCGCACAAACCCAGCCUUCCAGUGGCUGAUUCCUGACACCGCCGACACCACCGUGAAAUCCACGCAUUGCGCCUACGACAGGAUUGUGGUGGCUGGAACUCUGCUCCAAAAUGCUGUCGUUUCCGACUCGGCUGCUCCCUUUGACUUCCAAGCUGCGUACGACCUGAGCGACCAGACCGCCGAAGCCAUCAGCGACCAUUACCCGGUGGAGGUGACGCUGAUGUGAGCAGGGUCCCUGGCUGGAGGCCUCUGCAGCUUACCUGUCACUGCUCCUGGGGACCUGCACAAAGAACUGACAGAGACGGCUGAUCCUGUCAUCACAUUCAAGUACUGGGAACAGAGUUCCCCGAGCACAGGGCAGCACUCUCUCCCCACUGUCCCCACCCAACCACCACGGCAGCUGGAGAGUGAGGAACGCUUUUUCUCACUGUCCCUGUUUCCAUCCUGAGCAUGGGGUUGUGUCACUAGAGCACUCUACCUUCUCAGAGUCUGGACAAAAAGUCUAACACUUACAUUAAGAAAUAGCUUUUAAUUUAAGUAAAUAAAGCUCGAA